CUCCCAUCAAUCAAAAUCCCUAUAUACGUGCUCCACCUCUCGCCACCACACCACUCUCCCCCAAUUCCAUUCAGAUUCCCAGGCACACGCAUCGCAGGAGCUACAGCUAUCUCCCUUCCCUUCACGUGUCCAUCUCCAUCCCGACCAGUCGAGCCACAAGCCACUACACCAACCGUUGCCAACUUGCUGCCAUGGAGAAGACCUAGGUAGCUUGCAGCUUUUGGUUCUUGGGAGUCGGGAGAGAUCGCGGUGGGAGCUAAGGCAUGGCAUUGGAGACCGCGGUGCUCUCCCGGGUUGCUGCUGGUCUCUUCGGUCGCUGCGCCAUGGCAGGAGCAGGAGGAGGAGCUUGGAAUAGUCUGUUCGGUGGAGGGGAAGGGAUGGUGGGUUUGGACGGCGGGGACUGGGGCGCUGCCGAGGGUUCGUCAGUGCAGCCACCAAAUGGAUGGUUCCAGGAGCUGGAUAUCGCCGCCGGCACUGCCGCGGCGCCGCAGGGGAACCACUCUGGCGGUCGAGGGGAGAUGGACGCGGGCGGUGUUGGGCAGGCCGAUGUCCAGCCAGCAACGGCGGCAGCGACAGGGCGGAGGAAGCGGCGGCGGACGAGAACCGCCAAGAACUCGGAGGAGGUAGAGAGCCAGCGGAUGACCCACAUUGCCGUCGAGCGCAACCGCCGCAAGCAGAUGAACGAGUACCUCGCCGCGCUCCGCUCCCUCAUGCCGCCCUCCUACGCACAAAGGGGCGAUCAGGCGUCCAUCGUUGCAGGCGCAAUCAACUUCGUCAAGGAGCUGGAGCAGCGGGUCCAAUCGCUGGAGGCGCACAAGCUGACAACCCAGCAAUGCGCGGUCACCGACGGAGAAGCACCACCGCCGCCAUUCGCCAAUUUCUUCACCUUCCCACAGUACUCCAUGAGCGCUACCUCUGCACCAACGCCUCCGGCGAACAAUGAGGCUGCCGAGGGCGGAGCCGAGGCCGAGGCGUCCGGAUCAAAGCCGUCCGCGGUGGCCGACGUGGAGGUGACCAUAGUGGAGAGCCACGCUAACCUGCGGAUGCUGUCCCGGCGGCGGCCGAGGCAACUGCUGCGGCUGCUGGUGGCGCUGCACGGCCACCGGCUCACCGUGCUGCACCUCAACAUGACCGGCGCCGGCCACAUGGUGCUCUACUCUCUUAACCUCAAGGUGGAAGAUGACUGCCAACUUACCUCAGUGGACGAGAUCGCCACCGCGGCUCACCAGAUCGUCGAGAGGAUCCAACAAGAGCAAGAGUGUGUAGCUUAAUUAGAGUAGCAUCUUAUCUCAUGUUGUUCAAAAAAAAUCUUAUCUUAUGCAUAUAUAUGGCAUAUGUGCAAAUUCUAGUUAUUCUAGCAAGUGACGUGACUCCUGUGCAAAACUAAUAAUGUUAUCACUACCUAGCAAGUGAAGUGACUCAGUGUUGUACCAAUGGAUGAAUUUGUUCAUAGGAUGUAGCUGGGUAUCUAGUAAUUAUUUGGUUCAGAAAGGAUAUGAGUGGUUCCAAACCAUUUGAAA